CAAACUUCCCACCUCCAAAAUGGCCACAACAAAACAAAUCCAAAGGAGCAAAUAGUAGAAGAAGAAACACCAAAAGAACAGAGGAAUAUUGUUAAGAGUCCUCAAAAAUGGAGGUGGGUAUGUCUUUAAACUCUCUAAUUAGACUUCCCAUGAAGUCAAAUUCAAGAACAAUUGAUGAAACAACCUCCAUUGUCAGACAUUCUUUUCAUUCUUCAAAAACAAAAUCCCCAAAAAACAUUGGAAAACAGCUGCAAUUUGUGGUUGAAGCAAAGGGUAAAAAAGGAAUGAUGGCUCGUCAAUUUCAACGUCCUCCUCCUCCUCCUUUGCCUAAGAUCGAAGAUGAUGGCAAUCCUCGUUUUGUUAUCUUCAUUCGUAUGGCCAAUGUUUACCUAUGGUAUCCAAUUAAUCUUGUUUCUGGUGGCACAACCGCAAAGAUCAUGGUUGCUGCAAAAGACAACUUUCUAGGCAAGUACAUUUACAAGGAUACACUUGCCCGAAAUCUUGCAGCAGUAAUUUAUCGAGACGAGAAGGAACUGAUAAAGAUUGCACAGAAGCAAUUUCGUGUUUUGAGGACAGCAACUGAAUUUAGAUAUGGAUACAAGCUUGUUGAAAAUAGUGAUAUAAAAACUGCUCUUAUGCCUAAAAAUGUUGUCGAGCUACCAACUCCAGAUCAGCUCAAGACAGUGGUCGAUAAGGUCAAGGACUUCUUUGGAGAUGCGAAGGAAUCUUUUGGUAAGCUGACGUCUUUAGACACAGCUUCAAUCGAGCAAGUAGAAGGAAAUUCUACAGAAAAAUCGAAGUAAGUGCGUUUAGUUUUGGACAUCGAGGGACAUAGUAACGUCUUCAUGUGCACUAGUUUCCGUACAUAUGGGUAUAAAGUCUAAAUGCAACGUUACGAAUUCCUCGUAAAGGUGCAUGAAGUCAGGAAGCUCAGAAGCAACAUUAUACAGUUUUUGUUCUUUGGGUUUUAUCCUGUUUUCGUUUACGGUUUAAUGAUCCACCUUGUACUUUUAUUGUAGAAACGUGUUGCAAUGCUGUUACUACAAAUUUUCCCUUCAUGUAUGUACAUUCAGAGCUGGUUAAUAUUUGUUUUUGAUGAA